AUGUCAAAGUAUUUGGAGUCUGCGUCUCUCCCUCCUUUGGGAGCUAUCUGUCUAGAUUACACUGAUGAUAUUCACAGACCUCCCGGUGAUCCUUUGAAUCCAGAAUCAUUUGAUUUUCCAUUAAUACAUGAGAUUGUUCCCAAUGCAACUUUGUGGAAUGUCGUUAAACCAGAAGAGUACUCCGAAGAAUUCUUAGAAUCUAUUGCGGAUUCAUGCAGGAGACUUGCAGAGAGAGGCGCUAUUGGGGUUAUUACGUCCUGUGGAUUUCUAGCUCAAAUGCAGACAAGAAUCAAAGAUCGAAUCCCCAUUCCAAUAGCUACAAGUAGUCUACUGCAAAUACCUCUUCUUUUGACAAUGCGGGCUGCCAAUGAACACAUUGGUGUGAUCACUUUUGAUGCUGAAACCUUGGGAGAUGCCCAUUUUGAAGGCAUUGGAAUCGACACCAAUAUGAGAAAAAGGAUAACUAUUAUAGGUUGUACACCAUCCGGUCCACUUCGAGGAAUAAUACAAAGAGGGGAGCCGUACAUCCAUGAGGAGCUGGAGGAAGAGCUGCUUUCCAGAGCAAAGAUUCUCUUGGAGCAAGACCCCUCAAUUACUGUGAUUGUAAUGGAGUGCACACAAAUGCCACCCUUUUCCAAAGCCGUGUCGUCUGCUACAGGUUUACCUGUAUAUGACGUGAUUACAAUGAUUGAGUGGUUUUACUCGGGUUUGAAACCCAAGUCAGUCAAGCCUGAUGUUUUUAAACAGGAAGGCAUGCGAACAAGACAACGAAGUCAAAAGGAGUUAGCCAAAUAA